AGCAGAUCAGAAGAUGAAGCGUCAGGCGGAGCGGGAGGUCAGUCCGAGCCGAGCUCUGGCCAAACGUGUCCGGGAGAGAGACCGGGAGAGAGCACGGGAGGAGCGGGGAGGGCUGCUGCCCCGGCCUGCGUCCGCGCUGCCCAAAAACAAACCGUCCGGCGCCGAUCCGCUGGGUGGCAGCAGGAGUCUGGAGUACAAGACUUUACUGAUUAGUAACCUGGGCUCUCAGAUGACCGAUGAACACGUGGAGGACGGACUGUUCCACGAGUUUAAGAAGUUCGGCGAUGUCAGUGUCAAGCUCUCUCACACGCCCGAAUUGGGGCGAAUCGCGUACGUGAACUUCCGGCAGACCGAAAGCGCCCGGGAGGCACGGCACGCCAAGUCUCGACUCGUCCUGUACGACCGUCCCCUCAAAGUCGAACCCAUGUACGUCCGGCGCAGGAGCCCGACUCCUCCGGAAGCGCCGUUCAUCCCCGUCCACGCCUCGUACCCGUACCGCCAACGUUCUCUCUCCCCCGGACCCGGGGGCAUCCGGGACGCCCGGGCGAGACACUACGUAGACGCCCUGACUCUGCGAGAGCGCGAGCGCGUUUUGGACUACUACGCCGCCCUGGAGGAGCGAAGCCGCGCCUACGCGUACCCGCUCCCCGAGGACGACCUGAUGCCCGAGGACGACCAGCGAGCCACGAGGAACCUGUUCAUCGGCAACCUGGAUCAUAACGUCUCGGAAGCCGAGCUGCGCCAGGGUUUCGACAAGUACGGCAUCAUCGAAGAAGUGGUCAUCAAGAGGCCGGCGCGUGGGCAGGGCUGUGCGUACGCCUUCCUCAAGUUCCAGAACCUGGACAUGGCUCACAGGGCGAAGGUCGCCAUGCAGGGUCGGGUCUUCGGCGGCAAUCAGGUGAAGAUCGGCUACGGCAAGGCUAAUCCUACGACCCGGCUCUGGGUGGGCGGCUUGGGGCCGAACACCUCGUUGGCGGCCCUGGCGCGAGAGUUUGACCGUUUCGGCAGCAUUCGGACCAUCGAUUAUGUAAAAGGGGACAACUUCGCGUACAUCCACUAUGAAAGUCUGGACGCGGCGCAGGCGGCGUGUACGCAAAUGCGCGGAUUCCCGUUGGGCGGGCCCAACCGCAGGCUGCGUGUCGACUUCGCGAAGACAGAGGAGAACCGGGCGUACCCGCAGCAGUACCCGCCCCCGCCUGUACCGCUACCGACGCAUUAUGAUGUUCUCGCUGAUGGAUACGGGUGCCAUCGGACCCUGGAGCGGGAGAUAAGAGCCAGAGCUCGCUCGCCGUCCCAUCCUCUGUUUACAGAGCGGGAACGUGGCCCGGAGAGAGACUGGAGCCCGCCGAAAAAUACAGAGCGGCGGAGCACCGAAGCGUUCGGCCGGUCGAGGGCGCGCAGCCGGAGCCGGGAACGGCACACGAAGGGCUGGGAGGAAAGACGCAAGCGCAGGAGUCGGAGUCGGAGCCCAAGUGCUGGUGAGUCGAUUGAGGACAGAGGGCGAUUACGAGCACGUCCGGGGCGCCCCACGACCCCAGACGACAGCCCAGACAGGGUCCGCGGGCGCCUCCCUGACUCGACGUCCGAUCCGCAGGACCACACGCCGGACGGCAGUCGACAUUCCAGCGACGAACGUCACACGCUCGACUCCAAGAGGGUCGGAGAUGCCGAGCGCAAUCACCGCAAGAACGACCCCGAACCAGAUUCUCACUCCGAGAAGCCGAAAGCCGAGGAGAAGAAGCCCAGCACCCUGUCCGAAUACGCCCAGACGCUCAGCCGAGUCUGGCACGGCUCCCUCGUGCUGAAGAACAGCCUGUUUCCCACCAGCCUGCACCUCUUAGACGGCGGCGCCAACUUCUUCCUGUCGUUGCUCAAGGACCAGUCGGAGAGCGCCAGGAUCACGCAGCUGAAAAUCGCCCAGCGGCUGCGACUCGACCAGCCCAAGCUCGACGAGGUGAGCAGACGGAUCAGACUAGGCGGCGCCGACGGGUACACCGUCCUCCUGGCCGUGCAGGGCCCGAUGGACCGGAGCUCGCCGCCCCCCGACGGGCUUCAGAAGCGUUUCCUGCGCAACCUGGUGACCUACCUCAGGAGUAAGCAGGCCGCCGGGGUGAUCAGUUUGCCUCUGGGCGGCCCUAAAGACGGCGAGUUGGGCGGGAUGCUUUACGCCUUUCCGCCCUGCGAGUUCUCCCAGCAGUUCCUCCAGAACGUUUCCAAAACGCUAGGUAAAAUCGAGGAGGAGCACCUGGUGGUCGUCAUUGUUCGAGACACGACUCAACCGUAA